AUGUUUUGCAGAUAUUUUUGCUUCCUCAGUCUGUGUCUCUUCCUUCCAACCCACAGGAGGUGCUCCCUGGGUCACACAGCUGACUUGCACGGCAGCGACAGAACAUCCCUCCCUGGAUUUGAGAACCUCACCAUGGGAUACAACAAAUACCUCAGGCCCUACUUUGGUGGAGAACCUGUUCAAAUUGCAAUGAGUCUGGACAUCGCGAGUAUUUCUAGUAUAUCAGAGAGCGACAUGGAUUACACAGCUACUAUAUAUUUGCGGCAGCGCUGGACAGACCCCCGGUUGGUCUUUCACGGCAACAAGAGCUUCACGCUAGAUGCUCGUCUAGUGGAAUUGCUCUGGGUACCAGACACGUACAUUGUGGAGUCAAAACGGUCCUUCCUGCACGACGUCACUGUGGGGAACCGUCUCAUCAGACUGUUCUCUAAUGGCACCAUCUUGUACGCCUUAAGAAUCACUACUACUGUUGCUUGUAACAUGGACCUGUCAAAAUACCCCAUGGACACACAAACAUGCAGACUGCAGCUAGAAAGCUGGGGAUACGAUGAAAACGAUGUCAUCUUCACGUGGCUGAGAGGAAAUGACUCUGUCCAUGGCAUAGAAAAGUUGAGGCUCUCUCAGUACACGGUGGAGCGUUACUAUACCUUGGUCUCAAAGUCACAGCAGGAAACAGGCAGUUACCCACGACUGAUAUUGCAGUUUGAGCUGAGAAGAAAUGUCCUUUACUUCAUUUUGGAGACCUAUGUGCCCUCCACGCUGCUUGUCAUGCUGUCCUGGGUUUCUUUUUGGAUCACGUUGGAUUCGGUGCCCGCAAGAACCUGCAUUGGAGUAACGACGGUGCUUUCCAUGACAACUCUAAUGAUCGGCUCACGAAGUUCACUUUCAAAAACCAACUGUUUCAUUAAGGCCAUUGAUGUUUACCUCGGCAUCUGCUUCAGCUUCAUCUUCGGUGCCCUUGUGGAAUAUGCAGUGGCUCACUACAGCUCAUCACAAAAGUGUGCAGCUAAAGCACCUCAAGAGGGGCCUGCAAAUGAGCUCACUAAAGAAAUGGAAGAAGUCAACAUCGCUGACAUCCUCAACAGCUCCAUCACCAACUAUAAACGGAAAAUCAGCUUUACAAGCAUUGAGAUUUCCACCGAUAAUGUUAACUGCAGUGACUUGACUGUGAAAACUCAUGAGAAAAUCAAACGUGUCUUGAGAAACAAAAUGCACAGGAUUAUUGGUUAUUUCACAAUUCAGAACCCCAGCAAUGUAGACCACUACUCCAAAUUGCUUUUCCCUUUGUUUUUCAUGCUGGUUAAUGUGUUUUAUUGGGCUUAUUACCUAUAUUUUUAG